AUGGAAGACAAAAAUGGAAGAAUAAGCGGCCGGAGUUUGACUAGUGGAAAAGGCGAAAAGGCCGAUGACAGAAUCACCGGCGUUCCAACCGCGCCGCACUUUUCCAGUCCCGAGCUUUUAAAUGUUAACAUAACGCACGUUCGGUGGAUUGCGCGAGAGGCAAAGCGAAACACCUUGACAACGACGCUUUGUUAUUCCCGUCUAAACCCUCGAAAAUGGCAGCCAGAUCCGAAACUGCUUUCACCUUUGACAACGGACGUCGAAUAUCACACGGAUUGGGCUCAUAUCAAGAAGCCCUUCAGCGACAUCAACCUGACAAUGCAUGAGCUAUGCUCGAAGAGUGCAAAGGUAUUCUCUGGCCAGGUGGGAUUCAUUGAAUUCACUUCGGAAUUACGUCUGCCGCGUCAUAUUCACAUGGACAUGGAGAUGCGAAAACUGACGGAUGAGCGCAUUAUCGUACUGAAUGGAGUUGGUUUGGCUGAGAUCGCCGGCAGGGUGUAUGUUGUUGCUCCAGGUUCAUUAGUUGACGCUAUUGGCGGCGUGCCGCACACAUGGACCGCAUGCCCUGCUGGAGUGAGAUUGCCUGACGGCUCGAUUUCAACAGGGUCUUUCACAAUGGUUUACGAAUACGAGGACCCAACUCGGUUUUUUCCAACGGCAUCGACUGAGGUUGUGAAGGACGCUUCUGGAUAUAUCCCAUUUGAGGGUUCAUACGACGACAUCCGUAUUCCAAAGCUGACUGCGGAUGAGGUCGUUGACAGAAGCUUUAUUGUUUUCAACAAAGAGUUGACCAGGCUCCACUUGGCAUGA